UGUGCGCUUAUUCACUGCGUCGCACUUACAGCGGUCUACAGGUUUGAAAACGGACUUGCACUUUGUCAAACUAUGUAAUAUGCAGAGUAGUUGCCUUAUUAUUAAUAUUAUACAUAAAAUAUUCUCGUAACACGUGGAAAUUUAAUCGCCUAUAAUUCAUCACAUGUUUGGAGUCUGGACUAUUCUGUGCCUUGUAUGGAGGUUCAGCGCAUGUUCACCCCACGGGCGGCGACGCGAUCCAUUUCCGGUUACAAGUUCCGGUGACAGCACUUCCCGCACCAGGCUCACUGGACAAUUCAUCAUGUCCGAGAACUCUUUUUCUCCUGCCUACCUUAAACGUCGCGGAGCACUGGAUGGAGUGGCCGCACGCAUGAAGCGCGCUUUUUCCAGGUCCGAGUUAAGUGAUGUUGAGUUUCCCGUGGGACGGAAUUAUUGUGAAGUGAAAAUCUUCCGCGCACAUAAAAUGCUUUUAAGCCUGAGCACUGAUGUGUUCCACGCCACGUUCUUCGAAAGUUUGGCUGAUAAAAAUCAGGAUGUCAUCGAAAUCCAGGAUAUUCCGUCCGAGGCCUUUGGUAACAUGCUCUCUACAUGUUAUGUAUAUUCUGAUGCAGUGGACGAUCUGAAUCUUGAGAACGCAUUUCCCACUCUGUCCUGCGCGGAUAAAUACGACUUUCCAUUGCUAGUCGAGCUCUGCAGCUGUUACAUUUUGGAGCAUCUCAACUCAGACAACUGCCUCGUGGCGCUGGAGAAUGCUGUUCGGAUUUCGACAAUAUUGUGGAGAAAUGUCUGGAGCUGAUCGACGCAUCAACCGGAGCCGUUUUCCAAUCGGAGCACUUCGUAACCCUCAGCUACUGGACUGUCCAGAUGGUUGUCCAACGCGACACACAACUGUCAAGGCAUGGGCUGCCGAGACCUGCAGACGCCAGAACAUGGAUCCGUCCGCCCCCAACCGGCGUGAAGUGCUGGGCAGCGUCUUGUUUCGAGUACGCUGUCCGCUGUUAACGGAUGCUGAGAUGGCCAGUGGACCUCUCAAGAAUACUUCUAGCAAUUUAACCCCCAUGUGUGGAGCUACAAAUGCCCCCCAUUCCCGCGGAACGUGAUGGAUUCCUCUCCCAACUGACGGAGAUGGACGCCUCCCCGCGACGGAUGCCUCCCAAACUGGACGGAGAUGCCGCGGAGCGAGAAUUGCCUCCUGCGAUGCCGACGGCGAACGCGACCCGGACCAGCGGGAAACCAGAACGGAUACACCGCCAACAGCAGCACCAACUCCGAUCCCAACGGCACGGAUCGACCACCAGCACCACGCCGAAAAAUUCCCCCACCAAAACACUGCCCGAACUUCCUGGGACGGCGACCUCCCCCCGGACGGAGCAGUGGAUUUCACCGCGGAUUUGCGUGCUUUGUUUUUUUGCAGGGGUCACGGGCCACAUAGACCCCAAACCCCUGCCCAAAUUUCCCCAGAACGUGACCUUUGCCCUGCUGAAGAAACAACGGAAUUUACCCGUUUCCGGGUUGGACCCUGGAUUUGGCGCGACAAUGCGUUGACCCAGACGGUUGACUCGGACCAAACCGGAGCCGACCUCACCCGGAACACAACCUGAACCGAACCGGAUGUGAGCUGACUCGAGCCGACCGAACCGGCGUGGGGUGCGGAUCCUCCGAAUCCUGGGAGAUUUCGCUCCGAGGACGUAGCGAUGCCUGCAAAAGGGGUGUAAGGGCGGGGCGCUCCGCCCUCCUGAGUAGCUAUUCGCUGUUUCUGGGGAUUUCCACCCCGCACAUUGCUGCGCUGUUUUGACGGAUCUGCAGCACAGUUGCACUGGCUGCAGGAUCCUUCCUCUUUAGUCUGGUGUUGCUGCGCCAC